CUCAAGAUGAACGACAGACCAUGUAACGAACGAAUCAACUACGUUUGUGAGCGAUCCAAAGGUGUACCUCUUACCUGUGAUGCUGACCGAGGCUGGCAGUCUUACCCACCUUACUGCUACCAUGUCCGUGGGGACCAACAAACAUGGGCAAACGCUAAAAAACAAUGUAAUCGGGAAGGAGGAGAUCUUGUGUCCAUCCAGUCAAGCGCUGACGAGACAACGAUGCAGAGUAUUGCCAGAUCAACGAAACGGCCGUAUUGGAUUGGUCUUCAUUCAUUCCAACAAACUCGAAAUGGUCCAGUACAGUGGAUGUGGUCCAACGGCAGUUUGCUUACCACGACAUCUUACUGGGCAAAUAACGCGGCCUCCUCCCCGCCUGGUAACCGUAAAAACACGACGUGUUCCUACAUCAGUAACGCCAUCACUAAUAACAGACCAUGGAUGUCCACUACCUGCAACUCUCGGAAAUAUUACACAUGUCGGAAGCCAGAAGGUGUUUGUCAGCAGGGGUGGGUUGCACAUCAGACAAAAUGUUACCAGAUCAACAUUAAAUUCAAAUAUUCGUGGUCACGGGCGAAAACCUAUUGCGACAGCCAGAGAGCUCGACUCGUAGAAAUUUACAGGUCUUCAGACACAGCAUUCGUGAAUUCUUUUCUGGGUAAAUUACGUCAAGCUGGCAUAGACAGUUUUUGGAUUGGAGCUUCAGAUCAAAAUACGACCACCUAUAAAUGGAGCCACAACGGACGUAUUUCAUAUCAGAACUGGCAACGAAACCCGCCAGCCAAUACCAGGAACCGUCUGGACUGUGCAUACGUUGCAACAUCUGAUUCCCGGGGUAAAUGGAGGACGACUAGCAACUGUGGAGUGAUGAAGAAGGCAUUUAUGUGUAGUAUAGGAAUGAAUCAGGCUGUGCACCACGUUAGCCAACCAAGACCCCAGUACACCUGUGAUCGUAACUGGUUGGUUUAUGGGUCCAACUGUUACAGCUUCAAUGAUCACCGACGAGAUUGGAUUGGUGCAGGCCAGGAUUGUCAGAAACAAGGCGCCAGUCUUGCAAAGAUUUCUGACGUACAUGUCCAGGGUUUCAUUGUAGCUCACACACACAAUCAAGAAUACUGGAUCGGUUUAAAUGAUCAAAACGCGGAGAGACAUUUUGUAUGGGUCUCUGACAAAACCCCGGCACACUAUACUAAAUGGAAUCCCCAUGAACCAAAUAACCAGGGCGAUGAAAAUUGUGUUGAGACAAGAGGGAAUGGUUGGAAUGACAAAGCGUGCACAACAGCCCUCAAAUACAUCUGCAUGAAACCUGCACGAAAUGCCGGACUGCCUAUAGGUCCUGUAACAACAACUGCAUUGCCUUACAGCAUAAAGUGUGGUCUGUUGUGGGAGGAGGAUCCCAAUUCGAACUACUGUUAUCAGUUCCAGGACCAACAGCUUGACUGGAAUGACGCCAGGACGACGUGUAGACAUCAGGGCGGAGACCUAUUAAGCAUUGAGUCUAGGGAGGAACAGUUUUACAUUGCUGGGCGUAUUCGAACCAUGUCGUCUAUAUCGUUGUGGAUCGGUGCGAACGACCGAGGGUCAGAAGGUGGUUGGACCUGGACUAGUCGGUCGCCGUUUGCAUAUUUAAACUGGCAAUCGGGUGAGCCUAACGACCUCCAUCACAAUGAAGACUGUGGAGCAAUAUUUACACAGAAAGGCACAUGGGCCGACUUUUCUUGCAUACAGAGAAAUGGAUACAUUUGUAAAAAACACAGUAGAGUACAUACGACCGUUCCACCAUCUACCACAGUUCAUGUACCAGCUGGAAUGAUGCUGGGGUGUCCGAACUAUUGGAAGGCUCAUGGUUCCUCUUGCUACCAGUUGAUAAAAAGAAAUUUGACCUGGGACCAGGGUCGUACACUUUGUCGGGGACACGGAGGAUACCUUGCUACAAUAUCUAGCCAAGCAGACCAGAACUUCAUUGUCAGUCAGUUACCAACUAAUCGCACGGGAGGUUACUGGAUUGGUCUGAACGAUAGGCUUGUACAGAACAACUUCCAAUGGUCUGACGGAAGUAAAGUAACCUACACCGCUUGGGCACCUAGAGAACCAAACAACUUCUUCGGGCAUAGAGAAGACUGUGUGCUUUUAUACUUAAACAGCGGUAAAUGGAACGACGGAACAUGCAGUAGUCUUCAGCAAGGCGUCAUAUGUAAACGACCAAAACAGAUUGUGUCAAAAACACAAAGCCCUCAAACUGUUGGAUGUACAUUACCUGCUGUUGGAUAUCAAGCAUCCUGUUAUUUCUACGUGGCUGGAGCCAUGAAGGCAUGGUCAGACGCUAAUAGGGAUUGUAUUCGUCGAUUUAACGGGACACUUGCCACGGUCAAUGACAGAUAUACUCAAGCCUUUGUCGCUAAUUACCUUAAUAACAAGGGAGACAUGUUUUGGAUUGGAAUGUCAGAUGCCGUUACACCAGGGACUUAUCUGUGGAAGGACGGAACCAAAGUUCAAUUCACGUUCUGGGGAAGUGCACAUACAGGUAGGGAGAGGAGCACAUGCGUGGCUCUAACGACGGCUGUGCCGAUAGGUCUGUGGGAGAACAAGAAUUGCACUGAGAAGCAUCACUAUGUAUGUCAGUACCCCAGAAUUGGCUUCACCACACCCCCGCCUACUACCACACGACAGCCAAUUAUAUGUCCAUCAGGGUGGUCAGGACAGUAUACUAACAGCUACUUUUGUUACAAGGUGUUUUACAACGACAACGUUCUUGGUAAGAUGACAUGGACAGAAUCACGUGACUACUGUCGUGGUAUAGGAGGUGACCUGGCCAGCAUACACAGACAGGCACAGAAUGAUUAUAUGGGUACACUGCUGCGACUAAAGACUGGAUCGUUUUGGAUCGGUUUAAAUGAUCGAGACUCCGAAGCAGGUUACGUGUGGACAGAUGGCAGAGGAACGGAUUAUACCAACUGGAACCCUAACGAACCAAACGAUUAUAAUGGUAAUGAGGACUGCACACAGAUCUUCGCUGGUUCAUUAGGGUGGAACGAUAACAACUGCUUUAUAACGAGUAAUUGGAUCUGUGAAAUUAGAAGAGGAAAAACACCUUUGACGACUGUUGCACCCCCUACUGGUAUCACUUCCAGUGUUUGCGGAACUGACCCCGGAUGGUCAUAUUACAACGGAUCUUGUUACAUGACGAGUCCGUCCACCGGUGAUGCAGCAGUAGUGGACUGGUAUGACGCCGGACAGUACUGUAUGAGCCAAAGUGCUACACUGGCCAGUAUACAUUCAUUAAAUGAGAAUAACUACGUCCUCUCAUUGGUAUCAAAGGCUUCUCUGGUAGAUGUCUGGUUGGGAUAUAACGAACUCGGAUCAACCUCAUAUUCAUGGUCGGACGGUUCUUUGGUGGAUUUCGACUUCUGGAGUAAUGGGGAACCUAACAAUGCUUUUGGGGCAGAGAUGUGCGUAAUGAUGUCGGUGUAUGGAGGAUCAUGGAAUGACGCUAAUUGUGGACAACAAACGGGAUUUAUCUGUAAAAAGACUCCUGGAAGUUCAGGACCACCAACAAUUCCAACUGUGACUGUUUUAAAUGCAGGCUGUAAUAACGGAUUUACUCCCAUGCCAAACAGUAACAAAUGUUAUAAACUAGAAGGUACGACGACACCGGUGAACUGGCAGACAGCUUACCAACACUGUCAGAAUUACGGAGCGGGAUAUGAUAUCGCGUCAAUAGCUUCAGCCACAGAACAAGCAUUUGUGAAUACAUUUUUGAAAGGACUUACAAAUAACGUAUGGAUUGGUCUAAAUAACAACCGCCACUCUCACGAAUUUAUCUGGCAUGAUAACUCACAUCUUACUUAUACCAACUGGGCGAUCAACGAACCUAAUGGACAUAGUACCUCACACACUGGUGGAGCAACGUCCGAACUAUAUGCAUUGUAGGAGGAUUGUGUUGAGGUGUACACCAAGGCACUUCAAGUUGGGAAGUGGAAUGACAAAAAGUGUAGUACUCCGCGACCUUACCUGUGUCAGGGAUCGAGAGUGAAUCACGUGCCGUUACCAAAUACACAGGGCACGUGUAGAAACGGGUAUAAAACAUUUGGGACCAGCUGUUAUAAAGUAGUGACGCAACCGACAUCCUGGACCAACGCUAAUGCAGUUUGUUCCCGUGACAGUGGCUCUCUCGUUAUUAUCAAUGAUGUAUAUGAGGAUUCUUAUGUGUUUAACUUGGUGGGAAACACACCCUACUGGAUUGGACUCUCGGACAAUUCACAGACUUCCGACACUUACUCGUGGACACUCAACUGGCCUGUUCAAUACACCAACUGGGGGUCGGGCGAACCUACCCGGGGGACCGGGGAGGGAUGUGUUGCUGUAAUGGGAGGAAUGUGGAAUGACACCUUAUGUACCGCUUCAAUGGCGUUCGUUUGUGAAAUCAAUUCAGCAACACCUCCCCCGGUGACCAAACCGCCACUAGGUCACUGUGCUGACGCCAGUUAUCUCCGAUAUGGUGACUAUUGUUAUUUCAUCGAGGCCUUCCACACCUUAUCGUGGCCAGAGUCACAGUAUGCCUGUCAGGUACGUGGCAUGCAACUGGCCAGUAUCCAUUCUUCUGCUGAGCAACGAUACCUCAUCACAAACGCCAAUAACACGAAACCACUUUCAAAUGACACGGCAUCGAUAGCAGCGGGGCGGCAAAACAUGUGGAUUGGUAUGAAUAAGGGUUUAUCGGAUGGAUUCACGUGGACUGAUCGAACAGCGGUGAAUUUCGUGGCGUGGGCGGAUGGCGAACCCUCUGACGCCAAAGGAAGCCAUAACGAGGAGUGUGUGGAAAUGUACCAGUCAAGUGGAAAAUGGAACGACAAUAAUUGUUUCAAUAGCAAGGGUUACAUAUGUAAAACGCUUGCCACUAUUCCAACUGUCGCGGGAACUGCAGCCCCUAUUACACCAGCACCAGUUACACCAGGUCGAGUUACACCAGGACCAGUUACACCGGGUCGAGUUACACCGGCGCCAUUUACGCCAUUCCCUACACAGCCUCAUGUCAACACCAACAACCAACCUCAUGUGACGUUUACUCCAAAGCCAGGCCCAACUAUGCCGUCAUUUGUGACCUACAAACCAAUCAGCGGUCACUCACAACAGCAACGUGCGUCCAACACAGCUAACAAAUCAAAGGAUAUAUCCGGUGGUGCUGUGGCAGGAAUCAUCAUCGGCGUUUUAGUGGUCUUAGGAGGAGUAGCAGUGGCUGCCAUCUUUAUCAAACGUCGUAACGGUGGCUUCCGGAAUUCUGACGAAAAUCUAGGUUUCGACAACGCUUUAUAUUCGAAAUCCCAACAGUCUGUGAAUAUAGAUCCAACGAGAACUAACGGGUUUUCUGUGUCUUCUGGUCUGCCAGGUGAAGAGGAUGACGCGUAA